UCGAAUUUCUCUUUGCUGAUGGAAGGAGUUUUAUAGGUACUUUGCCGUUCAAAACACCAUUUUCCAGCGAAUCCACGGUUAUGAUGACCGAACACACUCGUGCAAUGGUCUUAUCUUGUGCAGUAUCAGCAAUAUGGAUGACAAGAUAAUUAACAGAAUUUUCUAUGUAUUCAACCCAUCCACAAGUCAGUAUAGAAUCCUAUCUCCAUGUCCAUCAAGAGAAGAUGGUUUCGAAGUUGGGAAUGCUAGCUUGGCUUUCGAUCCACUGAAAUCACCUCAUUAUGAAGUCGUCUGCGUUUUGUCGAAAGAAGAUAAGAUCUUUCAGAUUGAUAUUUACUCUUCAAAAACGGCAUCUUGGAGGCGGCGAUCUGGAGAAACAUUCUCUAAUAAGCCAUUUCUGCAUACCAAGUCUGGUGUGUUUUGGAAUGGGUCAUUGCAUUGGGUCCAUGUAACCAGCUAUCCUGGUUCGACUAGCUUGAAGGAAUCUUUUGUUUACUUUGACGUUGAUCGAGAAAUAUUGAUGGAUAUGCCGGUUCCGCAAAUACCUGAAGGGAAAAGUUGGAAUAAAAAGAAAAUUGGCUACUUUGGCGAGUACAAGGGUCAUUUGCAUCUUAUUCCAAAUUAUGAUGAAUAUGAUGCGGAUUUCUACAUAUUUGAGAUGGAAGACAAUCACUAUAAGCAGUGGAAUUUGAAGUACAGGGUCAAUUUAGCGGAAGUGUUAAUUGCCUGUCCAGAGACAUUUUUUGACAAUGAACGCCUGUCCUGGGAGAAUGAAGACUUGUAUGAACAAUUGUUCGGUCUCAAGUUCUCGAUAUUACUUGUAGAAGAAGAAGGAGGAGGAGGAGAAUCAUCAACCAUACUGAUCCAUAUACCAGAUAAGAUUAUUUCUUAUGAUCUUAAGAACAUGAGUAUCAAGGAAACACAUGAUUUGCCACUAAGUCUUUUCCAUACGGGACCAUCGCAAACCCUUUUACUUGGUGCUCAUCAAUACAUCGAGUCACUUGCUUGCGUUUGAUUGAUUGAAGAAAUUUGGAUUGCUUGUUUCAUUACUACUAUAAAUCAAAAAUAAAAAUAAGAUGUGCUUGUUACACACUUCAAGCAUGUUCUUAUUGAGGUCCUCGUUGAUUGAGUUAAGUGAUACUGGACUCCUUUCAGCAAAAGCUUCUAUACUCCAUCUGCCUUCGGCAUUAUGUUGGAUAUCGGUAACUCGAUAUUUUUGACUCACCGGAUCAUAUAAAACUAAACGACAAUUCUCACCAUUUGAUCUCUUGGUUGUUACGAAUAAAACUUCACCAUUCUUGAAUUCCCAUAAUAAUUUCACAUGCUCUAUGUGGUUUGCAACUUCUGAGAACCGGAUAAUGAAGAAUGUAGUCCAUGAUUCAGUUACAUUGUAAUCUUUCAUCACCCACACAACAAUCUUAAAACCAGCGUAGUCAAUCUCGGCGAUUUUUCCGGUUUCGGCCAUUGGACAGCCGAUAAGAACAUUCUCGCCGAGACGAUAUCUCACCGGAACUCUUGCCGGAAUUAUUCAAUCUCGGCUGCUAUCUCGGACGGAAUCUGGUUUUACCUUUAACUGUUCCAUGGUUUCCAUUAAAUUGAAGCUCCUCAAUUUGACGAUAUCAUGGUUUUCAUGAGUCCUUUAUUUUAUUUUCUGAACUAAAAAUCAAAUAAUACUAAUAUUCUUGAGAGAGACCGAUAGAAAUAAUCAAAAGAAACACCAUACACGAAUCUAUAUAACCACUUCCCAAUCGAUAAACCCCACUAAAAACCUCUAUUGCAGGACCUUCGUAUGUUUUAGUGAGGAAGAUUUCUUCCAAUCUAACACCGUCAUCAACCCUGUUGAUAUUAAAAAUCUCUCACUAAUCUU